AUGGCUCGAUCAGGCUAUCAAGUGAACCAGAACGUCGAUAACUUUUUGCAAGAUAAGCCUAGCACUCGCCUUCAUGCACCACCAGGAGGAGGUUCUUCGGUAUGGUCGCUAAUCUACCGUCGGAGCGAUGAUUCAAGUCAAUUUACUGGUCAUAAAUGUCUCAUGAUGCGCACUAAGAUGUCCGAGAUGUCGGUUGCUCUUGCGAAAGAUGAUGGUCGUGCUGGUGAUAGUGGCAACUUUUGCAAUCUAAUUUAUCAAACUGGUCAGGCACAAUCGGCAACACAUGCACAAAUUUCUUCAAAUCAGUAUGCAUGCGGGUCUAAUCAAAACACAGGCAAUGUUCUUACAGAUCGUCGCAUUACACGGAUUCAUGCACCCCCUGGGGGCGUGUCCUCAAUACGUUUUGGAUAG